GUCUUGUGUUAUUCAACACUUGAACAGCACAUGCGAUGGCAGCCGCACAACAAACCGAUUUUCAGAAGAAUUUUCGCCUGAUUGUGGAGAAGAUCUUCAACCACUGGCAGGAUCUUCGGCUGGCAGUGGAGCAUGGAAUGGGCGGUCGCAAUGGCCAGCAGGUGGCCAUCGAAAUCAUGGACUACACCUAUCAGUAUUGUGUGUCCAAUGAGAAUAUCACCCAAGGCGAGCUGCAGGAGGUCGUGGAGGAGCUGAUGGACCAGGAGUUUAAUACCCUGUGCGACGACGACUCCAUUCCGGAAAUUUGCCGCAAUCUGCUGCGUUAUAAGCUGCUGGCCCAGCAGAAUCAGUAUCCACAAAUCGAGGCGGAGCUGAGUAAACUUCCUGCGGGCAAGGAGUGGCUGCGUCCGGAUGUCAAGAUCACCUACACACCCAUUGAAGGAGACUCUUCCUCCGACGAGGACAUGGACGACGAUGACGACGACGAGGACGAUGAAAUGGGCCAUGAGGAUGAAGAUGAUGCCCCCAGCAGCAGUGGCAGGAUGACCCGCUCGCAAACACGCAAGCAACAAGCCCAGGAGUUCGUGGAACCCGAAGAUGGCUGGACCACCGUGCGAAGAAAGUGAUUUUCUUAGGGAUUAUUAAAAGCCUGUUAGUUUUUUAGUUAUAA